AUGACGACCCUUGAGCCUCGCCAACCCUACACCGACGCGGAGCUGCGCCAGCUGUACCCUCCCCAGCUCAAGCUCCAGCUGGUGCAGAUCCUCCUGCGCCACGGCGAGCGCACACCUGUCACCCCACGCUUCCAGAACACCGGCCUCCCUGCGUACUGGCCCUACUGCACUGCCGUCCGCCACCUCCGCUCCGCCGUUCUUGACCCUGACACUGGCGAAUACUCAUACCUUGACUGGAGGCGUCGCCUAGAGACUUUCAGCUCCCGAGAUGACAGCCCCGUCAUCGCUACCGGCCCCGGCGCCGAGCUCGACGAUGUGUGUGAUAUGGGCAUGCUCACCGACCGCGGCCGCGAGACCACCCGUAACCUAGGACGCCGGUUCCGCGAUCUUUACGUCGAUCGCCUCGGCUUCCUCCCCGCCGACCUCACAAACGCCGAGUCCCUCUACCUGCGCUCAACUCCCGUCCCCAGAGCCCUAGAGUCCCUCCAGCAGGCCCUGACCGGCCUCUAUCCCGCCCAGUACCGAGCUCCCGACUUGCCGACCCUCACCAUCAUCUCCCGAUUGCAGCCAGACGAGACCCUGUUCCCCAACGAUGGCAUGUGUCGCCGCUUUGCCGUUCUUUCGCGCGCCUUUGCCCAGCGCACCGCCGAUCGAUGGAACGACACGCCCGAGAUGGAAUACCUCAAUAAGAAGCUCGGCAAGUGGAUGCCCGAAGGUUCGCGCAUCGCCGUCGACUCUCGUCCUAGACUGAGCGGUAUCAUGGACACCAUCAACGCUACACGUGCCCAUGGUCCGAAGACCAAGCUUCCCUCCGAGUUUUACGACCGCAAGGUCAUCGAAAUCAUUGAGAGGAUUGGCGUUGAGGAGUGGUACAGCGGUUACAAGGAGAGCCAGGAGUAUCGCACUUUGGGCAUAGGUGGUCUGUUGGGCGACGUUGUGGCUCGCAUGGUUGGUAGUGCGGAACACAGUCCGGCUGACGGAGACUACGAGAUCAAGAAUCCCGGCGCCGCUCCCAGUACUGUCAAGUUUGGUAUGAGUGGUUGUCACGACACUACGCUGGCAGGCGUACUGGCUAGUCUGGGUGCUUUCGGUGAUGACCAGUGGCCCCCUUUCACUAGCCAUGUCGCCAUCGAGCUCUUCCGUGACUCGAAGAUCCCGGCCGUGGACACGCCCGCCGAGCUUCCCGUAGCGUCGGCGCCGAAGAGCGGUAGCUGGUUUGGCUCUUGGUUCUCCUUUGGCCGCGGCAGCACUCCGUUCCCUGGCACGGCGCCGUCUGGAAUCGGCCGCAAGCCUACUCCUGAGCUUACUGACGCUGAGAAGAACAAGUUGGAAGGCUACUACGUGAGAUUGAGGUAUAACGACGAGCCCGUCACUAUCCCGGGCUGCAAGCCAGCCGGUAAGCACCUCGAAGGCGACGAGUCGUUUUGCACUCUGGCCGCCUUCAAGUCGAUCGUCGACAAGUACACGCCUAAGAACUGGAAGGAGCAAUGCCGCAUGAACCUCACUGCCCCAGCCGUCCCGGCCAACCCCGAGCCGGCGGGAUACUAA